AUGUGUUUUUUAACACGAGUCUCGUCUCGUGAAUGGUUUUGUUGUUUUUUCUCAAUUGCUUGUACCACUACAUCGACUUAUUUGCCCACUCCUCCAUCAAUCAGAGGUAAAGAACCCAAGAAGGACGAGCUCAUGACGUCAAACAUCCUCACCACAACGGCCAUGAUGGCUUUUCCUUUCAUGAACUCCAGCGGCCCCGACAGCCAGGUGUCGGUGGGCCCGUCCCCCGACCCGCACUGUCCCUCGGACACCAGCUCCCUGCGGAUCCCCCUGACGCUCUUCUACGCCCUCUUCGUCGUGCUCGGCCUGGCCGGGAACCUGCUGGCCCUGUGGGUGUUCCUGCGCGACCGCUCCGAGAAGGGCUCCGUGCGCGUGCUCCUGGUCAACGUGGCGCUGUCAGACCUGCUGCUGGUGGCCUGCAUGGCCUUCAGGGUGUGGUACCACGGGGUGCGCGGGGAGUGCUGGGAGCUGGGCGCCACCAUGUGUCACGUGGUGGGAAACUUCUUCUACAUGAACAUGUACAUCAGCAUCGUGCUGCUGGGGCUGAUCAGCGUCGACCGCUACUUGAAGAUCAGCCGAGGCGGGGUGCCGCUGCAGCGGCCCCGUGGUCUGGCGAUGAGGUGCGGCUGGAGAACUGCCACCUGCACCCUCAUCUGGGCCCUGGCGCUGGCCUUGACCCUGCUGCUGAUCCUGCUCUCCAAGGAGACUCACCAGGAGCUCUACAGAUGCUUCCAUUAUAAGUCACUCCAGCACUCCAAGUGGAAGGGCUACCUCAACCUCAUGCUGGUGGUCGUCUUCUGGAUCAGCUACGGCUGCAUGGUGGUGUGCUACGUCAAGAUCGCCUUCAAGCUGCUGAGGACGUCCAGGGAGAAGCCUGACCUGCCCAACGCGGCUCGCUAUGCCCGGACGGCCAACAAGUCUUUCUUCAUCCUCGUCCUCUUCACCGUGUGCUUCGUGCCCUACCACAUAGUGCGCGUCUUCUACAUCGUCAGCCAGAUCACUGACACAUCCUGCUACUGGAGGGGCGUGGUCUACCAGGCUAACGAGGUGGCCCUGCUCUUCUCUGCGCUCAACAGCUGCCUGGAUCCCAUCAUGUACUUCCUGCUGUCGUCACCCAUGAGGAAGCAGGUGAUGCGGUUGCUGGGCAACGUGAUGCGGGUGUGGGAAGCCGGGGCUAGCGGCAGCAGCUACAGUGUCGAGCAGGGUUCGGGCUCAGGCAGGACCGUCGCGAGACAGCAGUCGACUGGCCUGGUGGGCGUCUUCGGGAACAAUACGGAUGACAUUACGAGCCAGCCAUAAGAUGGCGAAGGGCAAA